GGGGCGCAGGAGGAGGAGAGAGAAAAGAGAAAGAAAGAAAGAAAGAAAGCCAUUCUCUCUCUCUCUCUCUCUCUAUCUCUCUCCCGAAUCUCCUCCGACACAAGCUUCCCUCCAUAGCCAACAAGCUCCCCCAAAUUCCCCUCGAAAAACCCUAGCCCCUCCCCCCGCGCGCGCGAUGCGUGUCCUUCUCCCCAAGGGAUCCUUCCGAUCCGCAUAAAACUCCCCGAACGCCGAACCGCCCCACCCUCCAUGGGUUGAUCGCCGCCACCGCUCGCCAGCGACCCCGAUCGUCGAAUUCCCGCCGCGGAUUCCGGUGUCGCCUCGGGGAGCUCCUUCCUUCCUUGCUUCCUUCCCUUUUUUUUCGGGUCUCUCGUGGUUUCGGUGAUGCCUCGCAGCGAGAUCAUCUUCAGGGUCUCCGACGACGAAUGGGGCGGGGACGGCGGCGGCGACGACAAUGGCGACGGCGACGGAUCCCUCCGCGAGGGGAGGAUGGUGUACAGGCGCCGGUCGUCCGUGUCGCUGCCCUUCUCCCCGCUGGCGACGAUCGUCGGCGGGAUCUCCAGGAAAAGCUUCUCCUACAGCCAGCUCCCGCAGGAGCCCCUCAAGCUCUCCGUCCUCAAAUUGGACGGCUCUUCCUUCGGAAGUCUGAAAAUGGCAACCAUAUUGGAGCUCAAGGAGGCAGUAGAACAUGUUUUCAGUUUCAUGCCAAAGAAGGGAGAGGGCAAGAUAUCAUGGCGGCAUGUGUGGGGGCAAUUUUGCUUAUGCUACAAUGGUCAGAAGCUAGUUACAGAGACUGAUUAUAUAAUUGACUACGGCAUUAAGGAUGGUGAUCAGCUUCGUUUCAUCCGGCAUAUCUCAAGUGUCCCAAGCUUAACUAAGAAGAAAUCUACUGUCUGGCUUUCUGCUUCCAGACAAUCCAGGAGCUCCUUAUCGAGAUCAAAUAGCUCCGAAAAGGGAGAAGAAACCAAAGAAGGAGAUAUCGAGAAUGGGAAUCUCCCAUGUGACAAAAGAGGAGAGGAUCUCAGUGACGACGUCAACUCCACGACAGCAAAUUUUCUGGAGGGGUGGUUCUCUUAUUCUAGGUUGGCCAUGCUAGAAGAUGGAAGAAGCGAAGGCGGCAAGGUCACGCGCUCAAAGUGUGUCGACGCCUUUUGGAACAGAGUAAGGACGUUACUGGUGUUGUGCGUUAGGACACCAUAUAGUCAGAAGGAUUCAUGGAGAGAUUGAAGAACUUAAACGCAGCCAACCAUUUGUCCCGUGGCGGCAGAGCCGGUCGGAGCACGGAGUAUGUGGGUUGUCGAACGUCGAACCUGUCUGUUUGAAUUUGAACAGGCCGCCCUGGCAUUGAGCUUGUAAUGACUAGGUACACAAUGUAAUCAGUAUCAGGCUGGUACUGAUCGAUUCUGACAUGAGGCGAUGUAAUUGUCCGAGUUGAUUAUCGAUACUCUCUUUUCGCAUUGUUUUCUUGAGCCCUUCAUGUCGCGGAAAUCUCCGACUCGACUUUCUUAAUUCUUUCCCUCUUCUCCAUAGAUGAAUUUCUGAAGCGGGUACCUCGUAUCGAUCCGAAGCGAAAUCGAGUUGCGAAUAUGAAAAUCUCGCCUUUACAAUGGAACAAGAACAGGUUACUGACGAGUGAUGAUCCUAAGAAGAGUUGUUGGAACAUUCUCAUGGGGUCCCACGUGCGGGAGGCACGUGCGGAGAGGAGGUUUUGGAACCUCAGCAAUUUGUGUGGCGAAGGAAGAGAUAGCCCUCGCUCCAGAAAUCUGCAUCCUCUUAUCAUCUCUUCCUUUCUUUCUCUCACUCCAAAACGCAGUCAGCAAAGAUCCGUCGCUAGAGAGAGAAAGUCUCGCCGUCGCGCCGCCGCCGUCCUCGCCGGAAUCGCAGCCAUGGCCAAGAUGAUCGUGGCCUCCUCCUCCUCCUGCAAGACCCAGAUCCCACCUCCGCUCUCCGCCCCAAAGCCCAAGCAGCAGCAACCCAAUUCGCUCCCCCAGCCCACCCUCUCCCUCCCCAAGCUCAGGCUCCCGAAGCCCCUCGCCGCCCUCUCCCCGAAGUCCCUCCCCCUCCUCGCCGCCGCCGCCGCCGCGUCGUCCGCCGCCCUCCUGGCCCAGCCCCUGCCGGCGCUGGCGGUGGAGAUCGAGAAGGCGGCGCUGUUCGACUUCAACCUGACGCUGCCCAUCAUCGCGGGGGAGUUCCUGCUGCUGAUGUUCGCGCUGGACAAGGUCUACUUCUCCCCGCUGGGGAACUUCAUGGACCAGCGGGACGCGGAGAUCAAGGAGAAGCUGAGCGGCGUGAAGGACACGUCGCAGGAGGUGAAGCAGCUGGAGGAGCAGGCGGCGGCGGUGAUGCGGGCGGCGCGGGCGGAGAUAUCGGCGGCGCUGAGCAAGAUGAAGAAGGAGACGCAGGCGGAGGUGGAGCAGAAGCUGCUGGAGGGGCGGCGCAAGGUGGAGGCGGAGCUGCAGGAGGCGCUGGCCAUCCUGGAGAGCCAGAAGGAGGAGACCCUCAAGGCCCUCGACUCCCAGAUCGCCGUCCUCAGCCAGGACAUCGUCAACAAGGUCCUCCCCGUCAAAUGAUUUUUUUAACUCUCUAGUUAAGAUCGAUCGAUGCCGAGGUUCUUCCGCUGUAUGAUCUUUGAAAGAGGGAAGAAGGAAUAGGCUUUUGGGAAUUGGGAAUUGGGAUUGGAUUUGGAUGCAAGAGAAUGUCUAGAAUUCUUGAAAUUUUCUCUCGUAUAUCUCUGUGUAAAGAUACUUUGCAAGUGAUAAUGUGAACUGGUUAGUGUA